CUUUGAACCUCACAACAGCUCCGUUUGUCUGCAUCAUAUAAUCUGCAUCAUGGCUUCUGAUGAUGCCCUUGUGCAGGUGGCGAAAGCGUUGAAGUCGCUCAAAGAGAACGAGCAAUUCCACGGAGCUUUAGAACGGCCUUUGGUGUCAAAGGCGCUGCGCCAUUGGGCAGGGAUUGAGCGUUUGCCGCCGGAGGAGUGUGAAGAAUGGCAAUCAGAUGGCCAACUCAUGUUUGUCCUGGGUGAGCUGCGUCGCUUGGAACACCACUGCCGUGCGGCUGGCAUGAAGGUGCCACUUCAGACCGUGCUAGCGGGCAAAGACGAGCUUCCUCUUUCUGAUGGUCGAUGCUUGCGAGGAGGUGAAUUGGAGACCGCGGUGGACGAGAACCCGUCGGAGGAGCUUCCGGAUCUUCCACCAGUGGAUCCUCGACUUUGGAGGAAAACCAUGCUCUGGCAGCUGAUUUCUUUUGUCUUGGUGGUACUUGUGACGAGAAUAGGCAGGAGAUGCUGAACAUCUUUGGGCAAGCAUCUUGCAUUGUAGGCGGCACUUCCGGACUCGGCAAGGUCUAUGGUACCAAGAAGAGGACUUCCGCAGGCUGAUGGAAAAUAUCACUGUGGACAACGCUUCCACAGAGUUGUGACCGAAGUUCUGCGAGAUCAUCAGCAGAGUUCGUGGGAAACGGCGUUCGGGUGAGACUGCGAGAUCAUCAGCGUGCAAACUGUAUUGCCCGUCUGUGGGCAGCAGGGGCAUCCCGUCAUGCCGGACGUCAAGCGACUGACCGAAGGUCUAGAUAGAAUGGGCGGCCGUCAAGCGCAAA